AUGAAUGUUCCUCAUGCUUCUCAUAUGGGAGGUGUGUGGGAACGACAGAUCAGAACAGUCAGAUCAGUCAUCUCCGCUCUUAUGACUGAACUCGGCGACCAACUCGACGACGAGACUCUACGCACGCUCUUCACAGAGGCAGAGAAUAUUGUCAACUCCCGCCCAUUAACUGCAGAUGUCUCCGACCCCGACAGUCCAGAACCAAUAACACCAAUGCAACUACUUACGCUGAAAUCUAAAGUUGUACUGCCACCACCUGGACAGUUCAGUCGACCUGAUGUCUACAGUC